CCAGCUCUCAUGUCAGGAUUCAUCUCCUUCAUCAACAGACCCGUUCGGAGGGUCCAGGACAUUGAACCCACUGCCUAAACCCGAAAUGAUGGCGACCAGGGAGUGUCCUUUAUACAUCCACAGGACAUCCCUCUAUCCUGGAGCAAAACAGGUCAACAAAGUCCAUGACGAUCCUCAAUGACUUUAAUGGUCUUCGAAUCAUUGGACAUGAAACCGAAUAGGCACGCAGCGGCAGAAGUCGAAACCAUACUUCUGCAACGUACUGAGGUUGACCGGAAGAUAUCCUUGAGAGAUUUUGUGGGGCCAGAAGCGGACUGGCAAAAGACUGAGAAAGCAAAGGCUCUCUUCGAGCAGAUAAAAGCGCAAAAGACUUCGAAGAACAUGUGUGAAAGGCGUAAAAAGGAGCUGGAUCCCGUGUGGUCUCUUGCAGACCCUUGAUGGCAGAGCUCGAGUGCGUCAAGCCAGUCGCGGGUCACUUACCUCUUGCGUACAGAUGGGCCCGAACUCUGA